UCAUCAUCAUCAUCAUCAUCAUCAUCAUCAUCAUCAUCAUCAUCAUCAUCAUCAUCAUCAUCAUCAUCAUCAUCAUCAUCAUCAUCAUCAUCAUCAUCAUCAUCAUCAUCAUCAUCAUCAUCAUCAUCAUCAUCAUCAUCAUCAUCAUCAUCAUCAUCAUCAUCAUCAUCAUCAUCAUCAUCAUCAUCAUCAUCAUCAUCAUCAUCAUCAUCAUCAUCAUCAUCAUCAUCAUCAUCAUCAUCAUCAUCAUCAUCAUCAUCAUCAUCAUCAUCAUCAUCAUCAUCAUCAUCAUCAUCAUCAUCAUCAUCAUCAUCAUCAUCAUCAUCAUCAUCAUCAUCAUCAUCAUCAUCAUCAUCAUCAUCAUCAUCAUCAUCAUCAUCAUCAUCAUCAUCAUCAUCAUCAUCAUCAUCAUCAUCAUCAUCAUCAUCAUCAUCAUCAUCAUCAUCAUCAUCAUCAUCAUCAUCAUCAUCAUCAUCAUCAUCAUCAUCAUCAUCAUCAUCAUCAUCAUCAUCAUCAUCAUCAUCAUCAUCAUCAUCAUCAUCAUCAUCAUCAUCAUCAUCAUCAUCAUCAUCAUCAUCAUCAUCAUCAUCAUCAUCAUCAUCAUCAUCAUCAUCAUCAUCAUCAUCAUCAUCAUCAUCAUCAUCAUCAUCAUCAUCAUCAUCAUCAUCAUCAUCAUCAUCAUCAUCAUCAUCAUCAUCAUCAUCAUCAUCAUCAUCAUCAUCAUCAUCAUCAUCAUCAUCAUCAUCAUCAUCAUCAUCAUCAUCAUCAUCAUCAUCAUCAUCAUCAUCAUCAUCAUCAUCAUCAUCAUCAUCAUCAUCAUCAUCAUCAUCAUCAUCAUCAUCAUCAUCAUCAUCAUCAUCAUCAUCAUCAUCAUCAUCAUCAUCAUCAUCAUCAUCAUCAUCAUCAUCAUCAUCAUCAUCAUCAUCAUCAUCAUCAUCAUCAUCAUCAUCAUCAUCAUCAUCAUCAUCAUCAUCAUCAUCAUCAUCAUCAUCAUCAUCAUCAUCAUCAUCAUCAUCAUCAUCAUCAUCAUCAUCAUCAUCAUCAUCAUCAUCAUCAUCAUCAUCAUCAUCAUCAUCAUCAUCAUCAUCAUCAUCAUCAUCAUCAUCAUCAUCAUCAUCAUCAUCAUCAUCA